UCCGGCGAUCUCGCGAUGGUGGAAAUGGAGCGAUUGAUCGAAAUCCGGUGUCUUGAUGGCCAAUCGACGAAGGUUUCGAUCUCACUGAACUGUUCAAUCGCUGAUUUGAAGGCCUCGUUGAAGGAAUCGUUCAUCGCUGCCAAGAAAUCUUCGAAUUUUCAUCUGUUUUUCAAGGGUUCUAAAUUGAGAUUAGAGAGUCGCAUUGAUAGUGUUUCGAUUGAUGAUGGUGAUUUUUUGGUUCUUGUGCCCUUCGCUAAGAAAACACAAGUUGUAUCACCUCGGAAUGAUCACCCAGAGGAGAUCAAUACCCAAUCGGCAGCUACAGAGCUAGGCGUGAUGCAUGAGGCUUCCCACUCUGCUUGGAAAGAGAUUAUGAAUGAUCUUUCAUCUAUAUCUGAAAUCUUGCCAGAUGAUUCAAUGCCGACUAGUUUUGGUGCAUUAAACAAUGCUGGUAGCUCAAAAAAUGAAGUUUUAAGGAGUGAAAGCUCUGGUAAGGAAUCUUUUAAAAGACGCAAGAAAGAUACUGUUAUGAAUUGCACACUCUGGGAUAUAUUCUCUUCUAAGUCAAAAAAUGUGUUUGAUCGAGAAACCUGUGGCAAGGUUCUUCAGUUGGUGGAAUCAGUGAAUUGUUUGUCAGAUUCUCCGUCGGGUAAAUGUUUGUUGUUUGAGGGUUCAGUUAAGAUCGCAGACAAGGCGGAAGAGUGCAGUUGCCAGUUUUGGUUGAAGAAAGUUUUGAAGACCUUUACUUUGCUGAAUAUUAUGUAUGCUUUCUGUCAAAUGGAACAGAAGUGCAUGACUUUGUCUGUUUUAAAGGAAGAGCUCAAACAUGCUAGCAUUUUUGGACUUGAUGAUCUUUGUAUUUCAGAUGUGGAGAAUCUUUCACGUUUAUGUCCUAAGGUUGUAGUAAUUCUUGGGAAAGAAAAAAGAAUGUUUGCAAAAUCAACCUUUGCCAUUAUCAUCAGUGAUUCUUUAACAUUCUUGGUAGAUAAACCUAAACUUGCAGUUAGAUCAAGGGCUGGUAGGAAACCUGCAGCGGUAUCUACGUCAACCAUUGUAAAUGCUAUAGAAAGAAGGGAGCUUCUGUUUAAAACUGAUUUGUGGAUGACUAUAAAAAUUUAUAUGGAGAAAACACAGUCAGAUACUGGCAUACCUCUGUGCUGCUCUUUACAAGAUCUUCUUACAUAUGUGGACAACCAUGUUGAUAUUCUGAAAGAUUCUGAAGUAAACUUGAUUAAGAACAGAGCAUUGGCCUCUCGAUGCUGUGAACAAACCCAGUUGGGACCCAUUGAAAUGAUUGAUCAUCUCAGAAAGGGCAUUGGCAUGCGUGGGCAGAUGGUGCAUGUAGAAAAGAUAGAUGCAAAACUGCCAGCCUAUGCAGAUUUUCCGGAUGUCUUGUCAGAAAACUCUAGAGCAGCACUCCGAAGCCUUGGAUUUUCCAGGUUAUAUAGCCAUCAGUCUGCAGCCAUACAAGCUUCAGUUACUGGGAAAAAUGUUGUUGUGGCAACGUCCACUUCAAGUGGAAAAUCUUUGUGCUACAAUCUUCCAGUUGUUGAGCACCUUUCUCAGAAUACGUCAUCAUGUGCCCUUUAUAUAUUUCCAACCAAGGCUUUAGCUCAAGAUCAGCUUAGAGCGUUGUUGGAGAUGACAAGGAGCUUAAGUGUUAGCUUUAAUAUUGGUAUAUAUGAUGGUGAUACUUCCCAAGAACAUCGUAUGUGGAUAAGGGAUAAUGCACGAUUGUUGAUUACCAAUCCAGAUAUGUUACACAUGUCAAUCUUGCCAUAUCAUAGACAGUUUCAACGAAUUUUAAUAAAUCUCAGAUUUGUAGUGAUUGAUGAAACUCAUAUGUAUAAAGGAGCAUUUGGAUGCCAUUCAGCACUAAUCUUAAGGAGACUGCGGAGGAUAUGCUCCCAUGUCCAUGGUAGUGAUCCUUCCUUCAUUUUCUGUACUGCAACGUCUGCAAACCCACGUGAGCAUGCUAUGGGGCUUGCCAACUUGAGUACAUUGGAAUUGGUUCAGAAUGAUGGAAGCCCUUCCGGUCCAAAAUAUUUUGUUUUGUGGAAUCCUCCGUUAACAGUCAUGAAGGGAUCAAAGCACCACAACAAAAGUAACCAUGGAUCUCCACAUGGAGAAGCUUUGACUACACGUUCGAGCCCAAUUUUGGAGAUCUCUUAUCUUUUUGCUGAAAUGGUUCAACAUGGGCUGCGUUGCAUCACGUUUUGUAAGACACGGAAACUCAGCGAACUAGUUCUAUGCUAUACGCGUGAAAUCCUUCAAGUGACUGCACCGGCUCUUGCUGGGACUAUCUGUGCAUAUCGUGGUGGCUAUAAUCCUCAGGAUAGACGGAAGAUAGAGUCAGAUCUGUUUGGGGGAAAGCUUUGGGGUGUUGCUGCGACAAAUGCACUUGAGCUUGGUAUAGAUGUAGGACAUAUUGACGCAACUCUACAUCUUGGUUUUCCUGGCAGUAUUGCUAGCCUGUGGCAACAAGCUGGGAGGUCUGGAAGAAGAGGGAGACCGUCCCUGGCAAUCUAUGUUGCAUUUGAAGGCCCACUGGAUCAGUAUUUCAUGAGAUUUCCCAAUAAGCUUUUCCAACAUCCAGUUGAGCAUGUCCUUGUUGAUGCUGAUAAUGAGAAGGUGCUAGAGCAGCACAUUGCAUGUGCUGCACUUGAAUUGCCUUUGUGUUUAGAAUAUGACGAAUACCAUUUUGGGUCUCAUUUAAAUAAUGCAAUCAUGAAUUUGAAGAACAAAGGGUCUCUGGUUAUUUCCCCGGAAAACUUAUGGAGUUAUAUAGGACCAGAGGAAAAGCCAUCUCGAGCAUUCAGUAUUCGAAUGAUAGAGUCUGAGAAGUACAAAGUCAUUGAAAAGUUCAGCAAUGAGAUCCUUGAGGAAAUUGAGGACAGCAGGGCCUUCUUUCAGGUCUAUGAAGGAGCUGUCUACAUGCACCAAGGCAAAACCUAUCUGGUGGAAGCUUUAGAUUUAUCUUUAAAAGUUGCCUUCUGCUUGAAAGCUGACUUGAAGUAUUUCACCAAGACACGAGACUACACAGACAUUCAUGUCAUUGGAGGCAAUCUUGCCUAUCCACAAGUGAAGACAACUGAACCAGAUAAAAUGGCGACAACUGCUCAAGCAAAUACUUGCACAGUAACAACCAAAUGGUUUGGUUUUUAUCGCAUUUGGAGGGCGAGCAACCAGAUAUUUGAUAGUGUUGAACUAAAUCUACCUUCAUUCUCAUAUGAAUCACAGGCAGUUUGGAUUCGUGUUCCGCCAUCAAUCAGAAAAGCAGUGGAUAUUCAAAAGCUCCCCUUCCGAGCUGGCCAGCAUGCGGCUUCUCAUGCUCUUCUUAAUGUAGUCCCCUUGUACUUGAUGUGCAAUGCUUCUGAUCUACGUUCAGAAUGUGCAAAUCCCCACGAAACCCGUAAAAUUCCUGAAAGGAUUUUGUUGUAUGAUCAACAUCCUGGAGGCAUUGGUAUUUCGAAAAAGGUUCAGCUACUAUUCAGAGAGCUCUUGACAGCUUCCUUGGAGCUUGUUACUGCAUGCAGUUGCUCAACUAAUGCCGGUUGUCCAAAUUGCAUACAAACAUUAUCAUGCAGUGAAUACAAUGAAGUUCUGGACAAGAAAGCUGCUAUUAUCAUUCUUAAGGGAGUACUUGAAGCCGAAACAGAGAGUUUGGCUUCUAAGUUCUAAUCCAACCAAAAGGUACAA